AUGAAUUACAGCCCCAACCCAGUGGCCAGUAAAGCACUGCCUCCAUGGGUCCACACAUUUGGAAGCCAGCUACAGGAAUUCCAUACCCUAACGUAUAACACUUGCACUACUCGAGUUAUACAGGAACAGCCCAAAUGGAGCUGGGCCUUGAAGUUUGCUGUUUAUGGCACUACGUUGGGCGCCACUGUGCCUGUGGGCUAUUGUACGGGCGUGGUCAAUAGUCCAGCUGCGCACAUGCGCGCCUGGUGCCAGGAGACGCUGCUCGCUCGCUACGGUCUGCAGCUAAGCGCUGGAGCCUUGGAGCUGCUGUGGGCCACCGUAGUGUCCAUCUUUCUCGUGGGCGGCGCUGUGGGUUCGUUGACGGGCGCCUCGAUAGCCAAUCGAUUUGGUCGUCGUCCCUCCGUCUAUAUAUGCGGUCUGCUGCUGGGUCUGGGCGCCAUUUGUUUCUAUGCUUGUCGUCCGCUGGGCUCCGUGGAGCUCUUGUGCUUGGGCCGAUUGCUGGUGGGCCUGGCUGCUGGGCUGGUCAUCGCCUGCAUUUCCAUGUACCACAGCGAGCUGGCUGCGCUGCAUCAGCGCAGCAAAUUGGCACCGCUCUGCGGCUUGGGCCUGACUGUGGGCGUGGUCGUGGCACAAGUGUUCAGCCUGCAAUCGGUGCUGGGCGGGCAGCAGCACUGGCACCUUGCGCUGGCCCUCUACGGCGUCUUUGUGGUGAUCUUCUAUGCGCCCUACAAAUGGUAUCCCGAGAGUCCCAAAUGGCUCUACAUUGUGAAGGGGCGCAAGGUGGAGGCGGCCCAGCAGCUGCAACGGCUGCGUGGCUAUGCGAAGGACAGUGAAGCGUUGCAGGCGGAGCUCCGUGACAUGGAGGAGGAGGCACGCGUGAAGAGCACGCCGAGCAGCUACCUCCAGGUGCUAAGCAACCCUCAACUGCGUCUGCCCUUAGUCAUUGUGUUCGCUUACCUGGGCGGACAGCAGCUGUCAGGCAUCAAUGCGAUCUUCUACUACUCGGUUUCCAUAUUCCGGCAAGCGGGCAUGAGUCCUCAGCAAGCGGAGCUGGCCAAUCUGGGCGCUGGCUGCACAAAUCUUGCGUCCGCUAUGUUGGGUCCCAUCUUAAUGGAGCGCUUCAAUCGUCGUCCACUGAUGCUCUUCUCCAGCUUCUUCUGCUGCAUCUUUCUCUUUCUCUUUGCCAUGCUGCUGCACUUCAUCGAUCGCUACAGCUGGUUUGCCUUGGCCUGCAUUGUCUGCAUCUUUUUGUACAUUGUUGUCUUCCAGUUCGGUCUGGGUCCGUUGCCUUUCUUUAUAGGCGCCGAGCUCUUUGAGGUGGCGCCGCGUUCGGCUGCCAUGUCCCUAGGCAGCGUCGUCUAUUGGAUAUGCAAUUUGAUCAUUGGCAUGGCCUUUCCCAGCUUGCAAAGUGCCUGGGGUGCUCUGGUCUUUCUGCCCUGCUCCACCAUCUGUCUGCUGCUCUUCAUGGUCACCCUACGCUAUGUGCCAGAGACUCGGGGUCGAGAUCCAUCCGAGGUGGCGCGACUUGUUGCCGAUGGCUUUAAGUCAAAGCGGCCCAGGUGAAAGGCCAGCUCAGAUUCUAUAUAUAGCUGAUCUAUAACUGUAUUCCUUGCCUGAUCUAUGGAAGAUCUUUUUAGGUAGAGUCAAAUAAACAUAUCCUAUAUCCUUCUCAGUUAUAGUAGUUUAUAAUUUUAGUCUGUCUUGAAAAAUAAAGAGCGGAUAGUUUGG